CCAGGUUCUCACUGGAGUUGAUAUUCUAGUAGACUUCAGCUAUGCAGACGAUCAAGUGUGUAGUCGUGGGUGAUGGUGCUGUUGGUAAAACCUGUCUCUUAAUUUCUUACACAACAAAUAAAUUCCCAUCGGAAUAUGUACCAACGGUUUUUGAUAACUAUGCUGUAACAGUGAUGAUUGGAGGAGAGCCUUACACCCUAGGCCUCUUUGAUACUGCAGGUCAGGAAGACUAUGAUAGAUUACGACCCCUCAGCUAUCCACAGACAGAUGUAUUUCUGGUCUGUUUUUCAGUGGUGUCCCCUUCUUCAUUUGAAAAUGUGAAAGAAAAGUGGGUACCUGAAAUUACUCACCACUGUCCAAAGACUCCUUUCCUGCUUGUUGGGACCCAAAUUGAUCUAAGAGAUGAUCCCUCAACAAUUGAGAAACUUGCCAAGAACAAGCAGAAGCCCAUAACUCCAGAGACGGCUGAAAAACUGGCCCGGGACCUGAAGGCCGUCAAAUACGUGGAAUGCUCUGCACUUACGCAGAGAGGUCUGAAGAAUGUGUUUGAUGAGGCUAUCCUAGCUGCCCUCGAGCCUCCGGAAACUCAGCCCAAAAGGAAGUGCUGUAUAUUCUAAACUUUCUCCUUCCCCUCUUGCUGCUGCUUCCUCUCUCCCACUACUGUAGAAACCUGGUUAAAAAAUGAAUAAAACCACCUUGAUUGAAAGCUGUUGUGUCUGCUUACCAUCUUAGAGCAACCUCUGUAUUAGCUCUUGGACUGAAAACAAUACUUAAGAUCCUUAGUAAAAUGUUGUGACUGUGGGACAUGAACUGGACUCGCUUAACUCUCUGCUGCUUGGGUUGCCAGAUGUGGGUAGCUUUAUAAUUCAGGCUGUUGGGGAAGGGAUCUGGUUACAUCGUUAUUUAAAGAAAGAUCAAAAGACUAAGAUGUGAUGUUUGAUCUUCCUGAAUCCAACUGGAAGAAACGAUGCGUGUGUUUUCGAUUUCUACUUGUGACUCUUGUUAACUGUAUUUGCAUGACAAAAGUACAUGAAAUGGUGAUCUGCAAGUUAUGCUGUAAUGUGAAGGGUUUUCUGGUUCUCCUUUGUGCAGUGAGAUGUUUUUCUGUUGCUGUUGCUUUGGCUGUCUGUGCUGUAGUGGAGUAUUUGUCAGUCCUUGGGGGGAAGGAAAUAUCAAUGUACUUGCUACUGCUUUACGAACUGUUAAAAUUCUUGCUUUCACUAACAUGGUAGACCUCUUCAUUUCAAUAAUAGAUCCUUAAAGCCUGUUACUGUAAGAUGUAAAGCUGCUUCUUACUCUCAUGCUUCUGAUUUUUAUUGUUUUAAGGAGAAAACAUCAAUUGUAGCUUGUCUUUAAAUUUUGAAAUUAAAAAUUGCGGUUGUUUGUAUAAA